CUCCUGAGUCCGGAGCCAGAACGACAAAGAGAUCAUAACCUUCUGCUACACCACAGCCAGAGAGGAGGGAAGAUUCAAGCUUGAACCAAAGGACUCAAAUCAGUUCCAGUAAAGACAAGUGAACACUUUUUAGACUGCAGAUAUUUUUGAUUCUGCUCUACCUAAAAGGAAGAUGACCAAUCUGUCAGAGAGAGCUCUUUUUGUCUUCUUCUUCACAGCACAGGUGUUUACAGUAGUCUGGUCCCAGGUGUGUCCUCAGAGAUGCCCAUGCCCAAAGGAGCCCCCCAUGUGUCUCCCCGGGGUGCCCCUGAUCCUGGAUGAUUGCGCCUGCUGCCUGGUGUGUGCCCGUCAGAAAGGGCAGGUCUGCUCUGAAAUGAACCCCUGUGACACGCGUAAAGGGCUGCAGUGCGAAUACUCUGCCGAAGUCCACAAGAGGACUGGUAUCUGUGCCGCUCAUGAGGGAGAUGUGUGUGUUUUGGACGGUUCUGUCUAUCAGAACGGCCAGACCUUCUUCCCCAGCUGUAAGUACCAGUGCAUGUGCCAUGACGGGCAGAUUGCCUGUGUGCCACGCUGUAACUUGGACGUGAUGCUGCCCGGGCCAGACUGCCCCAUGCCACGCAGGGUCCAGGUGCCUGGAGAGUGCUGCGAGAAGUGGGUGUGUGAGCCCCAUGCUGAGGCCAGUGCGCUGGGCGGCUUUGCCAUGGCAGCCUAUCGUCAGGAGGAGACAGUGAGCUUUGACAGUUGGGACCCCAGCUUGAACUGCAUUGAGCAGACCACAGAGUGGGGCGCCUGCUCUCAAAUCUGCGGUAUGGGGGUGUCCACCAGGGUCACCAAUAAGAACCGUCGGUGUGAGAUGGUGAAGCAGAGCCGCCUUUGUAUGAUCAGACCCUGUGAUGACCAGCAGGACCAGAAGCAGCUGACACAGCUUGCACCGAAGAGAGGCAGUAAGUGCCAGCGGAUGGUGAGGAGCAACACAGCCGUCCACCUCUCCUAUAAGAACUGCACCAGCGUCCAGGCCUACAAGCCUCGCUACUGUGGCUCCUGCACAGACGGCCGCUGCUGUACCCCCCACAGAACCAAGACCGCCCUGGUGGGGUUCCAGUGUGCCAACGGUAAAACCACCAGGAGGGCGGUCAUGGUGAUCCUGACCUGUGCCUGCCACAGCCAUUGCCCCAGAGACAAUGCUGUGUGGCAGCCAUCAGAGCUGGAUACGGCAGCAUGAGAUUUUAGGUCAUAAAGUCACUCUAAGAUAAUGAUGAGGUUCUAAUAAACAGUAAGUCAAAAUUGUAGCUGAUGACUGUGUCUGUAAAUCCAGGAAUUCAUUUGAGUUGGGUUGAAGGACAAUAGCAUUCUCUUCACUAUAAAACAUGAGCUGCAUUAACUCUAAAUUUUAGAUUAAAACAAGACUGUCCACAAUAUAUACUUUACAAUAGUCAUAAAACUGUACAAUCUAUAGGCCUAUAAUUUACAUAUCCACAUGUCCACAGUGAAAAUAAGAUUAUAUCUGCUUAUCAUGGUCAGAAUCAUUCUUGUAUUCAUAAAAUGAGAAUUCUCUUUUGGGGUUGAGAUUGUUGAGAAUGAAAUGGCUCUGUGUCUCUCUCUCCUGGAGAGGGAUUUAAGUGUGUAACAUACUGUGGACAAUUAAGUGUCGUCUUCACUAUUAUUAAGUAGAAUCAAAGCACUUAAACCUUGUGAUAUGUUGAUUCUCUCCACCUCUGGUGAUCAGUUAGAGCAUACUACCAACAAUUCACAACAGACCUCAGUUGGACAGUUGUUUGUAGGUUCUCUUAAGUACUUGGAAAAGAUUAUGAAGGUUAAUUUGAAACAGCCUCCAUUUCAAGAGGUCAAAUAGUAUGAAGGUACAGUCACAGGGUAGUGCAGACAUACAGGAGUGUCAUGGUUGCUUGAAGCCUUCCAACCAGAUGGUUUGGUUGACAGUUGGGUUGGCCAAUCAGGCAUAUUUUUAUAAACUAGAAUAAGAAUACUGGAAUCCCAUUAUUUUCACAUAGAUAAAAUAGAAAUAAAGCAGAGGGAAAUAAAGGAUUAUAGGGUGAGCUGUUACCUUUUACUGGCACUGCCCUGGAAAUGUUAUCAACUAUGGGACACAUUUUUGAAAUAACUCGACUAUGUACUUUGACCUGCUCCAAACCAAGGGCUCAACCUGUGAAAGAGAGGUCACUGUGGUGAGUAGUGUCAUUUCUAACAUCUGCCUAAAAUCUUAUCCCUGUUGCAUAAUGUCUGUUUCCAUCAAUAAAUGCAAAUGUAUCAUUUUUAGGUUUAGACGGGAUAUUAUUUCUGUUGUUGUUGUUUUUUUUGUUAAAAGUUGUGCACAUAAACAACAGCUAUUUUUAUAAUGACAAAAGUUUUGUUAAUACUUGCUGUAUAGCUUGUUUGACUGAGUGUGUAUCAAAUACAUAGCUUCAAUGAUGUAAGCAAUUGUAUAAAUUGGUAUGUGGUAUCGUUUUUCUUACUACUUGAAUUGUACUUCACACUGCUUGUUCCUGUAUCUGUCUGAAUAAUACUGCAAAACUCAACAUUUGAAAAUAAAUUUGUAUUUUUUGUAU